ACGAGGAUUACGAAGGCGCGACUCUCUGGACAGAAAUCAAUGUGACUGUUACUCAAAUUGUCCUCCGAAGCAGAGCAGCGGUAUCCGACUAACCCGCUGGUUACGCGGGAUAUCGGUGAAGAGGCAAUAUCCCGAGCAGAAGCAGUUGGAUACAAUUUCAGGCGGUGUAGAGGGGUAACAACAACAGAUCACCCCCCAAUCCUAGUGGGUUGAUUGCGCUCAUAGUAGGCUGCGAAGAUCUGGCACAGGGCGGGUUAUGUGUCACUCACUUCACGUCUCCCUGAAUAGAUCGAAUCGAAGGGCUGAGGACGCGCGUGUUCAAGCAGAAGGAGAAACCAGCAUCACAACACCGUUAUACUCAUAGCUCCGAACCAACCACAGACCGAAUGUGGAAGGGAAGAACUUGAUGCCAAGAACCGUAAAUGAACCACGGAUUAUCAUUUCAAUUUUAAUCCGAAAUAGAGUGUACUGAAUCGCCGGCCAAUAGACAGAUUUGGGUGAAAGGUGUAUGGACGUGGUGCUAAAGAGGAAUUGACGGGAAAACCCGCGGUCAGCACACCAAUUUGUUGGAGGGGAGAAUAUAGGACUGCCUACAGAGCAGAAGCGGACUGGAGAGAGUGAGAGAGAGGGAGGACGGAGUGCAGUGAAGUGAGUAGAUUGUGGUUUCUCCCGUUGCUCCACGUAGAGCUGUCAUGUUCGCUGGCUGUUCAAAGAGGGAUUAAAAUGACGCAUGUUAUGCAGAGCUCCAAACUGUCAUACACGUUGAUGCAGUCAGUCACGAGAUGUGCAGCAGGGGGAGCUGAGCCUCGACCCGGGCAGUGAACAGUGUAAAGGUGCGCAGCAGUGACAGGGAAUCCGUCUGGAUUUAACGCACGAUAUUUUGUGAACAGCGGGAUAUUAAAGUUGCAUUCGUGUCUUUUAUUUAUUUAGAUUAUUCCUAAUUUAUUAAUCACAAAAGGGGGUUCGUUGGGGAAACGCACCAUUGAACAAAGGAUUUAGGAGAAACGACAACUGUAACCCAAUUCUGCCAUUCUGAGUGCGUCUUCCUUCUGGCGUGUCAAAUCGGGACAGUUACCAGCAGAGAAAAAGUACGGUUGAAUACAGAGUGUUCUCUGUCUGGUUCCUAACCCGGGAGAGGGUUGAACACAGAGUUGUAUCUCUCCUAACCCAGGAGAGGGUUGAAUAAUUCGGUCGGGGGCGCAGAGCUGAUCCACAGCCGUGGGAAUGUGGGUGGAAAGUGUAAACGCAAACGAAGCAGGAGGGCUUCAACUCUAAAAUGUGACUUUUUCCCAAUACAUCCCCGCUAUACAAGUGACACGUGCAUUCUGCAAUCGUUUCCAUCGGAUUUGUUUACGUCGCACAAGAGAUGGCGUUCUUCCCUGUCCUCCUCCUCCUCUCCGUGGUCCAGCGUGGUUCCUCCCAGGACCCUGAUGAGGACACGUUGGCAGUGCCCCGGGGGUGUGGCUGGGGCCUGGUGCGCCCCUACACCCUCCUCUGUGACCUGGACUCUGUUUGGGGCGUGGCGGUUGAAUCUGCAGCGGCCGGCGGCGCCCUGGCUGCCAUUUUACUGGGCCUGAUCAUCCUCUGCCGACUACACCACGUGAGCGAGGCGGAGAAGCGCAGCGGCGUGGGACCCAUUCUCCUCCUGCUCCUGGGCAUCCUGGGCCUGUUCGGCCUCAGUUUCGCCUACCUCAUCGAGCGUGACGAACAGCUGUGUCUUCUGCGCCGUGCCCUCUGGGGCCUGCUCUUCGCCCUGUGCUUCUCCUGCCUGCUGGUCCAGGGUGUGCGGCUCCGGAGGUUGGGCAGCGAGCGCCGGAGCCCGGGGGGCUGCACUCUGACCGGCCUGGCCCUGGGGCUGAGCGCCGUCCAGGGGAUCAUCGCCGCCGAGUGGCUCCUGCUCACGGUGCUCAGGGAGGGCAGAGCGGCCUGCCAGUACCUGCCUCUGGACUUCUCCUUAGCCUGUAGCUAUGUGCUUGCGCUACUGCUAGCCGCGCUGGGGGCGGCCUCCUUCGCUCUCUGUGGGAAGAUCCGGCAGUGGCGCUGUAACGCGGUCUGGCUCCUCUCCGCCUGUCUGUUGUCCCUCCUCCUCUGGGUUGCCUGGGUGGGCUUCUAUCUCUACGGUAACGCCUGGCUGGGGCGGUCCCCGGACUGGGACGAUCCAGCAUUGGCGAUAGCACUGGUGGCACAGGGUUGGCUCCUCCUCCUGUUCCACGCCGUGCCCGAGGCACACUCCUGUCUCUGCUCCCCGCCACAACCCUCCGCCCCUGACUAUUUUGACACGUCCCAGGCCCCGUCCCGCAUGAGGGAGACCAGCUUCGACGAGGACAUCCCCCUCUCACACAGGCAGUUUCCGGAGAACCAGGGCUACGGCUUUGACGAAAACACUGCAGGUCUGAGGAGUGCAGGUCAUCAUAAUGGUAACACAGCGCCCAGACCCAGUGCCCCCUUCCGCAGCAACGUGUACCAGCCCACUGAGAUGACCAUGAUCCUGAAUGGGGGAGCGGUGAGUUCUCAUAUUGUCCCCUCCGCACCCCCGACCUAUACGGGGCGGCAGCUGUGGUGAAGGACAGAGAUGAAGAAGAAGAGGAAGGAAGAAUGGGGUGAUGAAGAAGGGAUGAAGGGUCCUUGGACAGAGGAAUAACCCAGAGAGGAUAACUAUAACAUGGACACCAUCAGGACCCUCCCCCCCCCCCCCCCCCCCCCCCCCAGAUCUCUAUGUGCGUAUGGGGACAGACAGUUAAACAGAUGACUUACAGAGGGCUUACACACACCACCCACCCUGUGUUAAUCAAAUACACCAACCAACCACUGAAUGAGUGUGACUGAGGGGGAGAGCAGGUAUGGAGGACAGAUCAAAACAUUACAGGUAGUUUUGAAGUUAAAUCACUGUAGGAGAUAUUCAACUUAAAAACAACCCUAUUUUGGUUGCAAAUGCUGUGGAGACCAUUUUCAUCUGGGAGAUGUGAGGUUUGAAAUGUUGACUGUCAGGUUUCUUUUGUAUGAGUCAAGUUUACCCCCACGAGACUACUAAGCCACUGUAUAACUUCUGAAAAACUGUGAAACCUCUCUCCCUUUUGAGAUAUUUGCUCUGUUUUUGUUGUUUAUUUUGGGAGAAACUCUUCUAAAGCAGAAUGUUUUGUUCUGUCCUCCAUCCUCCUGUAGGUACGGUACCUUACAGACCUGUACCUCACCACAGAAUAACACACGGACAAGUAUGGCUUAAACUCCAACCUCUCUAGCCAGUGUUCUGUCCUCCAUCCUCCUGUAGGUACGGUACCUUACAGCCCUGUGCCUCACCACAGCCCCUCACACAAUAGAAUAACACACGGACAAGUAUGGCUUAAACUCCAACCUCUCUAGCCAGUGUGUGCCUACAGGUAACUGUCAAAAUACAGGAAACACCAACAUAAAGUGUCUUAAUAGGGUGUUGGGCCACCAUGAGAACAGCUUCAAUGCACCUCGACAUAGAUUCUACAAGUGUCUGGAACUCUGUUGGAGGCAGGCGACACCAUUCUUCCAUGAGAAAUUCCAUCAUUUGUUGUUUUGUUGAUGGUGGUGGAAACACUGUGUCAGACAUCACUCCAGAAUCUCCCAUAAGUAUUCAAUUGGGUUGAGAUCUGGUGACUGAGAUUUGGUUUACAUCGUUUUCAUGCUCAUCAAACCAUUCAGUGACCACUCGUGCCCUGUGGAUGGGGGAAUUAUCAUCCUAAGGGGGGAUAGUUAUGGUAGCCAAAAUAAUUGCCUGCUCAGCAUUUUUAUACCUGACUCUAAGAAUGAUGGGAUGUUAAUUGCUUAAUUAAUUCAGGAACAACACCUGUGUAGAAGCACCUGCUUUCAAUAUCUCAUUUUAGGGAUGGGCAUUUGAAAUACUUUUCACUAUUCAAAUAAAAUCAUGAUUUUUGUAGGGGAUAUCUGGAUAGUCGAGUUGUUUAAACUUGGGAAUUAGAUUGCUGUGCAGCCUAUGCUACUUGCGUCCUGCUUGCUUGCGUGUGUGAUUGGCAGGUGCCAGUGAGUUUUUCGAGAGAGAGAGUAGCCAUACAGACUAAUUAAACACAUUUGUAGAUUCCAUAGGUUAUCCAUCAUCCCAUCUGGUAGUGCCUGUCUUGUAUGUAUCAAAUCAAUCUAAAGAAGCUAGCUAUGUUAGCCAGCUAUAUUAGCCAGCUAGCUAGCUACCUAGGCUAAAAGUACUUAAGGUUAUUUUGCUGUGCUUCCUGUCCUUGUCUACAAUAACUCCAUUCAGAUUAAACAACAGCUCACCUGAUGGUUUCUGGUAGUUGUAGCCUACUCCUUCUCAUUUAACUAACUAAAUUCUGUCAUUUUAAUUCCAUUUUGCAUUGAUUAGAGAUCUCCCACGUUACUUACUACACACGGAGCCACUGAGUGUAGAUGGUGCCACAUUGAUUGGCCGACAAUAACACACACGUGAAACCCGUGUAGGCUACUAUGGUAUGUACUUUAUGUCAUAAAACUACAUUCAAAAUAUAGUUUUAUUGAAUUAAGAAUUUAAAAUGUCAUGGCAUAUCCUUGUGUGUAGCAUUGUCUCAUAAAUAAUUACAUUUAGACAAAGCCUUUUCAUUGUUAAAAUAGACUAAAAAUGAAAACUCUCACAAGUAUUCAAAUACUAACGUCCAUUUGGAUAUUUGAAUAUCUGAAUAAGCGUGCCCAUCCCCACCUCAUUUACUCAAGUGUUUCCAUUAUCUUGUCAGUUACCUGUGUAUAUAUGUGUGUGUACCUCAUCUUUACUGGCUCUACUCCAAGACUCUGGACCCCCCCCAAAAAAUACUCCUUGCACCAAGAAUCACUACUACUGAGUAACCUGGACUCAAUUUUACUGAGUAACCUGGACUCACCUCUACUGAGUAACCUGGACUCACCUCUACUAAGUAACCUGGACUCACCUUUACUGAGUAACCUGGACUCACCUCUACUGAGUAACCUGGACUCACCUCUACUGAGUAACCUGGACUCACCUCUACUGAGUAACCUGGACUCACCUCUACUGAGUAACCUGGACUCACCUCUACUAAGUAACCUGGACUCACCUUUACUGAGUAACCUGGACUCACCUCUACUGAGUAACCUGGACUCACCUCUACUGAGUAACCUGGACUCACCUCUACUGAGUAACCUGGACUCACCUCUACUGAGUAACCUGGACUCACCUCUACUAAGUAACCUGGACUCACCUCUACUAAGUAACCUGGACUCACCUCUACUGAGUAACCUGGACUCACCUCUACUGAGUAACCUGGACUCACCUCUACUGAGUAACCUGGACUCACCUCUACUAAGUAACCUGGACUCACCUUUACUGAGUAACCUGGACUCACCUCUACUGAGUAACCUGGACUCACCUCUACUGAGUAACCUGGACUCACCUCUACUGAGUAACCUGGACUCACCUCUACUGAGUAACCUGGACUCACCUCUACUGAGUAACCUGGACUCACCUCUACUGAGUAACCUGGACUCACCUCUACUGAGUAACCUGGACUCACCUUUACUGAGUAACCUGGACUCACCUCUACUGAGUAACCUGGACUCACCUUUACUGAGUAACCUGGACUCAACUCUACUGAGUAACCUGGACUCACCUCUACUGAGUAACCUGGACUCACCUUUACUGAGUAACCUGGACUCACCUCUACUGAGUAACCUGGACUCACCUCUACUGGGUAACCUGGACUCACCUCUACUGAGUAACCUGGACUCACCUUUACUGAGUAACCGGGACUCACCUCUACUCAUCUCGUCUUUCCACUUGUCUAACCCCAAACUGUGAACCCACCCAGGCUGCGGUCCAACUAACCAUAACGACAAUAUGACCGCAAACUACUAUACACCUAUCCAGCUCACCUAGCACCUGGCGGACAGAGCUAAGCUUCUACUGGACGAACAGUAGGAACCGGGGGAAUCCGGGGAUGCUGAUUGGAUGGACAGGAUGUCAGUCAGUGAGGAGGGUAUCUUGAUUGGACAGACAGGGUGUCAGACAGGGACUGUGUAUAUAGGUCAGACAGGCUGUGUUUUCCCACCAUGUUCUCCUGUGACCACAGAGACUUUCUGAACCAGCAGGACUGAACCAACUGUCCCUUUAUAUCAGAGAGAAAUGGGUCGGCGGGGAGGAGAUGGACUUCCCUUUUACUGUUUUGUUUUUUCAAACGUGUGUGUGUGUGUGCAUAGAGAUAAAAAACAUGUUCUAUCUGUUUGUGUGUGUGUGCACACUUGUGCGUGUGUGCGUGUGUUAUUGAUUUGAUCAGUGUUGGGAGGAUAUACAACAACUGUGCAAUACACAGCUCCAGUCCUGUUCCAGUCCUGGCUGUGCCUCUCCCAUUUCCUCCAGACUGGUUUCCAGUGAGCCUGAGAAAUGGAUCCAGAGUUCCAGACGUCUUGGUCAGCUCCAGAUACACAACCCCAUACUGUCAGCCUAUAUAUAGACAAGCCCUGACUGGGGUGUGGAACUGCCUGUCCUGGUCCCUGUGAAUGAUCAGAUAUAGUAUAUUGUGAGAUCAGCUAUAAGCCUGUGGGGAGGACUGGGGAAGAAAAGGGGGAUGGGUAGCUAGAGAGAGGAAGGGAGGAGCCAGUCCAGAGGGGAGGGGUUACAAUGGUCUAUGUGACGGCUACAUCGCUUUGACUUCCCCCCCAAUCAGCAAACGUAUCUGUGUGACAAAAUGGCUCUUUCCCCAGUGUGUGUGUGUGUCUGUCUGUGGGGAAGGCAGCACUGCUCUGUGCUGUCCUCCUUAUCUGAGAAGCCUCUCUCCCUCCUCUCGUCCCUCUGUGCUGGUAACUACCGUUUUCUGUGCCAAGAAAGACUCUUGUGUUACAGCAAGGUCUCUGUUUUCAGUCUCCCUCUCCCUUACAUACUUACCAGCUCUCCCCUUACGAGAGAGAGACUGUAUAUAGUAGUGCUGUAUAGCUUGUUUUGGUUAGAUUUCUUUUUGACUGUAGAGGAUGAUUUUUUUUAGACACCAGCCUAAUAUAUUAUAUAAACCACUGGGCAUCUGACUAGUGUAAUAAUGAUUAGAUUUUAAUUUAUCGGAUUUGUGACUGGAUUGAUUUUAUUGUUAUUUUUUCGUUUUUUAUUUUUCUCUUGCUGGUGUCUUUCUUUGUUCUUUUUAACUAGUAUUUUAAAACAUAUGUCAAGAUGCUAGCCAUGUUUUUAAUUUCAUUUGAUUUGAUUAUUAACGUUGAAAAACACAACGGUCUGUCUGUGAGGCAUCUAGCUAACUUUGGGUGUGGUUUUUCCUACUUGCGACAACUUUGGAAAUCUCCUAUACAGUAUCCUCUGUCAAAACAUGUUUCACUGUCUGCUGUAACAGUUUUAUUAUAUGGGGAAACGUAAUACAUUUUUCAGAGAUAUGACAUUCGUUGCAUAAUGCUAAUCAAAAAUACUUGUUGUUUUGCACUUCAUAGAUAAUGACUACUGUGUCUGUGAUAUAAUAGAGUGAUGCAGAGAGUAGAGCAGUGAUGGUAGAAUUACCUCUGAGCUAUGACCUAUGACCCGAAGGGUCUUUUGGUGUAAUCCUGGGUCAUUGGGCUACAGGAUGUCUCUUCACUGGGGGGUGGGUAGCAGUGGAGGCUGGUGGGAGGAGCUAUAGGAGGACAGGCUCAUUGUAAUGUCUGGAAUGGAAUUAAUGGAACGGAGUCAAACAUUUCCAUGUGUUUGAUACCAUUCCAUGUAUUGCAUUCCAGCCAUUACAAUGAGCCUGUCCUCCUAUAGCUCCUCCCACCAGCCUCCACUGGUGGGUAGGUAGGCAGGCACUACAUGUAGGCCUAACCAUAGAAAUAUAAUUACUAGAUUGGUUAUUCUGUAUAUGGCCCUAACCCACAGCGCUGCAUGCCAAGGCAGGCUUUGUUCGGGCCUCUCUGGGGCAGACCCAGGCCCGUUCUGACUGCACUGUGCCAGGCUCCAGUGGGACAGGCUACAGGCCUCAGAGUGCUGGCAUAGGAUCAGUUCUGCCUUUUAGAUAAUACUGAAUAAGAUUAUAUGGACAGGAGAGACCUGAUCCUAGAUCAGCACUCCUACCCUAAGAUGCUUUGUGAAUACGGGUCCUGUCCUCAGGGCUGUGGGUGGACAACAAGCAAGGAACAACUGUGGAGAUUCACCCUCCCAGAACCGAAGAGGGGCGGGUUUCAAUUCUUCAAUCUUGUGAUGUUUUCACUCAAUGUGGAGUACAAAAAAAAGUUCAAAGUUACUGUUACUUAGUAGAUUUUUGCACUCGUCGAUGACUACCUAUCUGUGCAUGCUCAUCACCAUUUAUAUACAUGUAAGUACCUUUCUCUCAGACGUACUGUUAAAUACUAAUUAUAUUUAUGUGAAGGUCAUGUGACAAAAAUCAUAUUUUUUAGCGUAUAUCAGAUGACAGUUUUAUGUCUGUGCUUUCUUGAACACGAGAGAGAGAUAAGGACGGUUGUAUAAGAGACACGGUAGAGAACUGUAGGGGGUGUCAGGGGAUAGGGUCCAAAACAGGCCAAAAGGCCCACAAAUAACCUGUUGGAGUUGCUUGUGACAUCAUCAGAUUACCCAAAUACUGUACCCCCUGCCAGUUUGGAAGGAAAUCUCUAUGAAAUUACUAAAGAUCUAGAUCUUCAUGUCUGUGUUUAUAAAGAUGCUAUGAACAAAUCAGGGUGAGAUUUUACACAUACUACUGUUCCGUCAAGUUCGUUCCCCCCCCUGGGCAGCCCCAUUAGUAAACACCCUUCCUGUCUGGGUUUAACAUGUCCUUGACUUGUCCACUCCUGAAUUGGCUUGCCUUCACACUGUUCCAUUCGGGGCAUCCGACGGGGGUGGUAUUGGUUUUCACAGAUGUGACUGUGCAGUGACGCAGCAUGCCUAUGUAUAGAACUAUGUUUCCCCUGAUUAGAAGAACAAACAGUUAACUCUCAGAUUCUGUAACCCAUUCAGGCAAACGUUCAAUAAAGUGUCAUGUUUGUAGUUAA